AGAAGUCUGAACCUGAACCUGAACGAUCCAAAACAGUCGCGGAGUGGAUAGUUAUAAAAAAUUGAAUUGUUUUAAACACGUUUAAAAAAAUUCUUAAUGCAAUCAUUCAUAAAUAAGUAUUGCGCAAAUACUUUACGAAGAAAUUUUAAAGGACUUGUGUGCGAAACUGAUUGCGAAAUAAUACAAAGCAAUAGGAAGGCAGUUGAAUGAGUGAUGCAUCGGGAUCUAAAAUGGCACGUGGAAAUCGAGCUUUCUGUGAACGAAGACCUACGACGACCGAUGUACCAUUCGAGCAGAAUGACAGUGAGGACGAUCCUUCCGUUCACGCUGUAGAUAAUGACAGCUACGUGAAACGCGGUAAUAAACCGCAAAAACGAUGGACCAGCUCAGAAGAUUCCGGCCGACCCUACAACCGGGAAAUCAAAACAAGUUUUUUCGGGAAGCAAGACAACACCGAAGAUACUGAAACUGUCUCUUAUUCUCCGGAUGUUAAGAGUAAUAGUAAUAAGUCUCAUAGAACCGAGACACAUGUUCAUGGAAAAGCGUGUUAUUCUAACAUUCACGAAAGUGAAGAAAGAAAUACAUCGAGAUCUCUCGAGGGAAGAAGAAGGAAACGCAGUAAACGGAUCGAAAAACGAAAGCUUAAGGAACGACCUCGCACGACAAAUCGCGAACAUAUCGACACCGGAUCUUCUUCUACAAAACAUUACAGAGAUGAUAAUUACAGUGAUAAAUCGCGAAAAAAUACUAUUCUCCGAGCGGACGAUAAUGAAGUACCUAUCACGGAAAUCUUGAAGAAGGCUCAAGAAAAUGCACGCACAAAGUACGAGGAACCUGUACCACUUCCGGAAUUGACUACAGACACCAUUUAUAUUCAAGGCAGGAGUGGCUUUAGCGCCGUGAAAAUUACCGGAUCGAGACGUGCUUUGAGAGAUGAUACGCCACGUGUAACAGAGGAAGGAAAGAAUCGUGAUUCCGCGGAGACUCGAAUACACGCGCUUAUAAAAGUGGCUAUCACGGGCCAGAAAUUUUGGAAGUGCACGGGACUUGUUUAUCAGGGUCUCUUGGGCGGAAUGGCACUCUUGCAUUUCAUUAUGAUUCAUAUUUUUUUCAACACUUCGAUGGAAUUCAUAUCGAAUUAUUCCGCUUUUUCCGAGGUCUAUACAAAUAUAUUUUCCUUUUUAAUCGCUCUCUGCGUCAUUUCCAUCUUCGAUAAAUUCGAUCUGGCGCGACUUGAUAUGGAUCAUUUACGUGAAAUCUACAUGGAUCAUGCGAAAACCGCGAUCGCUAUUCCGCUUUAUCUACUAACAUUUAGCUUUCACCAAGCAUCGUUAAAGAUCGACGAUCAGUUAGCUCUAAUACAUUAUCGUAAUAUCAACGAAACCACGUGGCCAAACAAUACAGCACAAGAAACUUUACUCGAAGAAUUACAGGGCUGGCAGAAGAUAACAAUGUCGAAAGAUCUUCUCGCGGUUUUUGCUUGGCUAUUUGUUGCUCUUGGAACGCGAGACGACAUGCUACUGAUGCAUCUCGAAUCGAUGAAGCAGUAUGCAGCAAGCGAUACGGAAUCUCCUAGAUGACGUUCGACAAAAAUAAUUUUCAUUGUCAAACAACACACGCAAACCUGUCCAAAGUUCUUCCGCACGAUUAUACUAGACUCGUUAUCGUAAAAUACAUUGAAAUACAAAUCUGAUAGAAUAAUUACUUAUUUACCCGAAAGUAAUACUUACCGAGUCGAUCCAGAUGCAGAAAAUGCAUCGGUAAAUCUCGGAGAAAAGGUACGAUUUAAACAUUUAUUCGUAACAGAAUAGUGUUUGAUAUGUACAAUAUGUAUAAAGUUUUUCUAGAUACUAAUCGAUAAUACACGUAUACAUGAUAGCAAAGAGGACAAUAAUAUAUAUGACAAUAUACACACACACAUAUACAUAUAUAUACAUGUGCGUGUAUAUGUUAAGAUUCAAAUAAUAUGACUUAAUGGUACAAUAGUAAAAUAUGUUUGGACUUUCUCGAGCGGGCGACCUCGGCGGAUCCGCAAUU